AUGAAUAUCUCAAAGAAGCCUUACACAAAAGAAAAAAUUAUUUUCCUAUGGUUUAAAAAUGUUUUCAUAAUAGCGCUGUGUUUUUGGACAUGCCAAUACUACAAGAAUUCUACUUGUAAUAAACAGUUGAGCAGGGGAUGUGUAGAGAGCGGAGCUGACCAGAGCAAUAGUAGAAUAUUAAAAUCAGUUGACUCUAUCCAUGGCACAACAGUUGUAGGAUUGAACGAAUUUACGGAGAAGAAAAAUGACAAUUUCGAUUUAGGGGAUAAAUCAGGGCCUGGUAAUAAUACCGACUUGGAAGGUAAGAAUGUUCAAUCUGAGAAAAAUGGAUUAGUGAAAAAAAUAAGGAGCCCCGACGACUGCAAUGCAAUUCGCGAAAUUCAAGAUAUUAUCACUCCGGAGUUAGAACAGACGGUUAUGAGCAGUGAAGAACCUGAAUUUGUAAUAGAACCCAAGGAUUUUAGAAAAUAUUAUUUGGAUCAAAGUUGCAGAAAGUAUAAUAAUGCAGCAAGCACACAUUUCUCCAGGAGAAGGAGAAUGUUAGCUGACACUGGAAUGAAAUACGAGCCACACAUUCCACAGGAAAGUAGUCAUGCACCGCCUUAUAAUAAUGCAUACCAUCCUGAGAAUGUGGGAGCACGUAAUAGUAGAGGCGAGUAUCCAAAUAAUUAUGCUCCAAACAGUAAUGCAUGGGGAAGUACUCCUGGUCAUGGGAGGAACAGCGAUAAUCAGUUUAAUGGAGUGGGGAAAAUAUUAUCAGACUGUAAAGAUACAUGGGAAUCACAAUUAGGGGGAGUAAAAAAGUUUCUUACGGAUUAUACGCCGUUGGGAGAGAUACCGCUCGAUGGGGUGAAGAAAAUUAUAUCAGAUUGCAAAGAUUUGGGAGAGUUACCAAUCCUUGGGGUGAAGAAAAUUAUAUCAGAUUGCAAAGAUUUGGGGGAGUUACCACUCCUUGGGGUGAAAAAAAUUAUAUCAGAUUGCAAAGAUUUGGGAGAGUUACCACUCCUUGGAGUAAAGAAAAUUAUGUCGGAUUGUAUGGAAGUUUAUGGAUCUCAGAUUGAGAACGUGAAACAACUUUUAUCAGAUUCUAGGGGUAAUCAUGUUCCUCAAUCAGCUGGAAAUGGAAGAAACGGCCCUCAUCACAGUAGCUACUACGGAAAUCAGCACAGAGGAGAAAGGGGAAGAAAUGAACCACAUUAUAGUGGUAAUCACGAAUAUCAGAAUGUAAGAUAUGGACCUAAUCAGUCAAAUUACAAUGACUAUUAUACAGAACACUAUGGAAACCUAGGAGGGAGUGGACCCCAUUCUAAUGUACAAUACGAUUCGCAAUAUGGUGAGGGGAAUACGGACCAAUCUUAUGAUAACUCUUACGAUGAAUAUUAUUAUUCAGGAGAAAGUGGACCCUUUUAUAAUGAAGAAUAUGGUUCUCAGUAUGGGGAGAGAAGUACCAACCAAUCAGAUUACGAUGAAUAUUACAGUGAACAGCACUACACGGGGGGGAAUGUAUAUCAAUAUAAUAAUGGCUACGAAUCGCAGUAUGAAGGUGGAAUCGCCAACAAACCUAGUAGAAGCGCCUAUUACGAAGCAUCGUAUGCUGGUGGGGAGACAAAUGCAUCGCAUUCUGACAACACUGUUGAGUCGAAGAAGGAACAGCCGGGACAUAGUACAUCCUCAUAUACUCAGAAUUAUGGCCUUCAACGAGGGGACCUACGAAGGAAAACAUAUGGUGAUAGGAACAAUUAUGGUUCUGAGCAUAGAGGACUACAAAGUAAAGUAUCCCAUGAAGAAAAGGACACUGAAACCAAAACUGAACUAUUGAAAGAGGAAAAAAUACAAAGUGUUACAGAUAACGUUAAGGAAGGAACCCCCGACUCUAAAGUCGAGAAACCUGAAAAUAAGGCGACAGGACAUACGGGAAAUUCUCAAAUGAAUAAUACAGGCCUGGAAAAAAAAAGGUCUGGCAGCAAAUUACAUCUUGAUACUAAAACGGAUAAAAAGGAAAAUACGAAAAAGGAAAGUGGGGAGAAGGUCCAUUUGUCAGACAUAUCUACAAAAAAGUAUCUAAUGGAGAGCAAACAAGAUUGUGACUCUAAAGUCGAGAAACCUGAAAAUAAGGCGACAGGACCUACGGGAAAUUCUCAAAUGAAUAAUACAGGCCUGGAAAAAAAAAGGUCUGGCAGCAAAUUACAUCUUGAUACUAAAACGGAUAAAAAGGAAAAUACGAAAAAGGAAAGUGGGGAGAAGGUCCAUUUGUCAGACAUAUCUAUAAAAAAGAAUCUAGUGGAGAGCAAACAAGAUUGUGACUCUAAAGUCGAGAAACCUGAAAAUAAGGCGACAGGCCAUACGGGAAAUUCUCAAAUGAACAAUACAGGCCCGGAGAAAAAACAUCCCGGUUCGAAACAACAUCUUGAUACUAAAACGGAUAAAAAGGAAAAUACGAAAAAGGAAAGUGGGGAGAAGGUCCAUUUGUCAGACAUAUCUACAAAAAAGAAUCUAAUGGAGAGCAAACAAGAUUGUGACUCUAAAGUCGAGAAACCUGAAAAUAAGGCGACAGGACAUACGGGAAAUUCUCAAAUGAAUAAUACAGGCCUGGAAAAAAAAAGGUCUGGCAGCAAAUUACAUCUUGAUACUAAAACGGAUAAAAAGGAAAAUACGAAAAAGGAAAGUGGGGAGAAGGUCCAUUUGUCAGACAUAUCUACAAAAAAGAAUCUAAUGGAGAGCAAACAAGAUUGUGACUCUAAAGUCGAGAAACCUGAAAAUAAGGCGACAGGACAUACGGGAAAUUCUCAAAUGAAUAAUACAGGCCUGGAAAAAAAAAGGUCUGGCAGCAAAUUACAUCUUGAUACUAAAACGGAUAAAAAGGAAAAUACGAAAAAGGAAAGUGGGGAGAAGGUCCACUUGUCAGACAUAUCUACAAAAAAGAAUCUAAUGGAGAGCAAACAAGAUUGUGACUCUAAAGUCGAGAAACCUGAAAAUAGGGCGACAGGCCAUACGGGAAAUUCUCAAAUGAACAAUACAGGUCUGGAAAAAAAACAGCCCGUUUGGAAACAACAUAUAGAUACAAAAACGGAUAAAAAGGAAAAUACGAAAAAGGAAAGUGGGGAGAAGGUCCAUUUGUCAGACAUAUCUACAAAAAAGAAUCUAAUGGAGAGCAAACAAGAUUGUGACUCUAAAGUCGAGAAACCUGAAAAUAAGGCGACAGAAAAUAUAGACGAUUUAAUGAAAAGACUAGCAGAAGAAGAGAAUAAAUUAGAUGACAAAAACAGUAGCACUUCAGCCUCAAUAUCCUGUAGUGUCCCAAGAUUACGUCCUAAGAACAAAUCCGAUUCAGGAAUUACUGGAGGGGAGAAAUCUGUAGGAAACACUAGAAUGAGCAUGAAUGCAGGGAGCACUAGUAUAAGAAAAGAUUUAUAUGACAGUAAAGAGACCCCAAAAGGGGAAAGUACCAAGUCGGAUAAUAAAGAUACUCAAGAUUUGUAUAGUUCUAGCUUAGGGAAAUAUAGGUCUGGCAGCAAAUUACAUCUUGAUACUAAAACGGAUAAAAAGGAAAAUACGAAAAAGGAAAGUGGUGAGAAGGUCCAUUUGUCAGACAUAUCUACAAAAAAGAAUCUAGUGGAGAGCAAACAAGAUUGUAACUCUAAAAUCGGGAAACCGGAAAAUAAGGCGACAGAAAAUAUAGACGAUUUAAUGAAAAGACUAGCAGAAGAAGAGAAUAAAUUAGAUGACAAAAACAGUAGCACUUCAGCCUCAAUAUCCUGUAGUGUCCCAAGAUUACGUCCUAAGAACAAAUCCGAUUCAGGAAUUACUGGAGGGGAGAAAUCUGUAGGAAACACUAGAAUGAGCAUGAAUGCAGGGAGCACUAGUAUAAGAAAAGAUGUAUAUGACAGUAAAGGGACCCCAAAAGGGGAAAGUACUAAGUCGGAUAAUAAAGGCACUCAAGAUUUGUAUAGUUCUAGCUUAGGGAAAUAUAGGUCUGGCAGCAAACUGAAUCUUGAUGAAAAAGCGGAUAUAAAGGAAAAUACGAAAAAGGAAAGUGGGGAGAAGGUCCAUUUGUCAGACAUAUCUACAAAAAAGAAUCUAGUGGAGAGCAAACAAGAUUGUGACUCUAAAAUCGAGAAACCUGAAAAUAAGGCGACAGGCCAUAUGGGAAAUUCUCAAAUGAAUAAUACAGGUCUGGAAAAAAAACAUCCCGGUUGGAAACAACAUAUUGAUACAAAAACGGAUAUAAAGGAAAAUACGAAAAAGGAAAGUGAGAAGGUACGGAUCCAGAGUGCAGGAAUGCGGAAAAAUACAACAAACAGUAAACUGAAUGCUAAUACGAAGAAUAAUAAUAAUUGUACAAAUGAAGAAGGAACGCAAAGAAAAAGCACCUGA